UACCAAAAUGUAUUUAUGCUUGUGUCAUUUUUUGUUCUUUAGUUACUUAUAAACCACAGACUGACCGUCUGUACUCACAUGUAGGCUGCACCCGUGUUUCUCUCUGCCCUAUUCUUCAUUUCUCCCUUUCUCUUUCUCUUUCUUUUAAUCCACUUAUCUUUACACCCGCGAAGGCGUUUCUCCUCCUCCUCCUCCUCCUCCUCCUUCCUCCUCCUCCUUCCUCCUCCUCCUUACCUGUUUGGAAACUCCCGCUGAAGAGGUGUGUUUCACCUGGGAUCAUUUCCCGUGACCUGUCACUUCUCCUUCAGAAUCGAUCGAUGGUUCUCUCCUGACAGAAGCAGUCUAAGACAGAAGAUCCAAGAUGUCGAACCUGAGCUUGUGUCUGACUUUGCUCAUUGCUGUUACUUUUCAACAAGGCCAAGCCAAGACCUUAUCAAAUCAAGGAGUUUUACUGAAGUGCAACAGAUCAGUGGAAUUUGAAGCUGGAGGAACUGUGACACUAACCUGCAUUGUGACUUACAACUUGGAGGACCCUGCAGUUUGUAAAGUUACAGAUCUACUCUGUAAUGACGCAAAUAUCAGCAAACCUUAUAUAAAGAGGAUCGGCACUCAUGACAUCAUGUCAGUGAACAUCUCACAAGUCCAGAAAAUGGGGAAUUACACCUUCAAAGUGAAGACAACCUGUGGUGGUGAUGACUUUACGGUACAAAUUAACCGGUUCAUCGGCAAACGUGGUGUUACAAGUGCAGUCUGGAAUGUCAAAAAAACUGAGCCAGGGCCAGAGCCACAGCAGGAAAGCAGGAUUCCCGCCACAAUGGCUGUUUGUUUCACGAUCAUUGGCGUCUGCAUCAUCCUGUGUUUCCUCUUUAGAACCAGAAGACGAAGACAAGUCAUCAGAAACAUGAUGACGUGCAAUACUCAAGAUGACCUCAGUGACACAGACUCUGUGGUGGAUAAAACCCCCCUGAACCCUGAACCCCAGACCCCCUGACAACAUCUGUAAUCUGUGUUUCAGUAUAUGUGUGUGGGGGUGGGGGGUUAUUCCUCAACACAGCUGGCUGUGUGUCCUCCUGCCUCUGAAACGUCAGCCUGACGUUUAUCCUAUUUAAUUUCUUUACACUUUCAAUAAUCUGUGACAUAUUUUUUACAAAUUGAUAAAUGUAAAUAUGAUGAUUUGUGUUUUUACAGAUUGAUAAAUGUAAAUAUGAUGAUUUGUGUUUUUACAAAUUGAUAAAUGUAAAUAUGAUGAUUUGUGUUUUUACAGAUUGAUUGAUCCAUGUAUAUAUUCUGUGAUAAUCUGAUUAAAGGGUUAUGUCACCAUUUGAACACAUGCAGUCUCCUCAUGAUGAAGAGUAUGACCCUGUGCUGUGCUGUGAUGAGUUGCAUUAUGGGAAAUUUGGGAUCCAGCAUUUUUGGGAUCAAAUUACAAGGGAUUAAAAACCAGGAGAGAAUUUCCUCCUUUUUCUAAUGUCACUUGG